GUCUGGAUCAUUCAAGAGCCUUAGUUUAUGAGCACUGUAAGAAGUUGCUGCAGAACUUACUGCUCCUGGCUUCCUCCCAGGAGCAGAUUUCCUCAUCAACCUCACGAUUGCUGCUGUCAUACCGCAGCUCUGUUGCAGAUACACUGAAGGUGAUAUCGGAGGACAGAGAUGCUCAGCUGACUCUGG